AUGUUUAGAGUUGAAAUUACUUUUAACUCUUCACAAUUGAAGAAAAAGGGUGAUACUCAUCCUAUAUAUAGUUUAAGAUAUCUUCUUAAUCGCAAAAUAACUGUAGAGGAACCCAUUAAACGCAGAUGUCCUCCCCAAUGCCUAAAUUGCCAAGUUACGGAUGAAACCGGGUUAUUUUGGAAAGUUUUACCUGACAAAACAUAUGUUCAUUCCGGAGAAAGGAGUGGGCCGGGCCGAAAAAUAUCAAAGGAACGAAUCACAUUUUUGGUUUGUAGUAAUGCCAGUGGUUCGAAAAAAAUUAAACCUUUGCUAAUUGGAAAAUCACGAAGUACUCGUGCAUUUCGGAAUAAAACGUUGCCUGUGGAUUAUACCCACUCGAAAAAUGCUUGGAUGACAUGUACACUAUUCAAAACAUGGUUUUUCAACAAUUUUGUACCUCAGGUAGAAGAGUUUCUAGCACAAAACAAUUUGCCUCUAAAUGCUAUUCUCCUUUUGGAUAAUGCACCCUCUCAUCCUCCUGCAGAGGAAUUGGUAAAACAAACUCAUAGUGGCAAAAUUUGGGCGCAUUAUAUGCCCCCUAAUGUAACCCCAUUGAUCCAACCCAUGGAUCAGAAUGCAAUUCGCUUGCUUAAAUUACAUUAUAAAAACAGUCUAUUGUCUCGACUCUUUUCAACACCGGAGCAAAAUGUAUCCUUGUUUUUUAAAGCAAUUUAAUUUAUUUGAAGCAACGAUUAUAUUGGCAUCAGCUUGGAAAAGUGUGUCUGAGUCUUCUUUGGCAAAAUGCUGGAACAAGAUUUUA